GGCACAACCAAGAACUUCAACUUCAUUUAUCUUGGCAUGCGCAUCCUUGUCCUUCUCUUUGAAGUCAGCGACGGUAAAAAGUGUUUUGCCGUAGCACCUCCCGUUUUUUGAAAAUUUUGAGUUUUGAUUGAAAAAAUAGGCAACCGCAAAGAGCAAGCUUCCUGGUACGCACCGCGCCAUAUUACAACUAGGUACACGACUGGGAAUAGAUGCCAUUGACCGAACAAGGUCACCAAUGUUAUUAACGAAAGAUAAGAAACAAAGGAAAGUAGACAGGAAGCAAGUCGUCCCCCGUAGCAAGCACUCACAUUAUCGUGAAAAAUCGAUACGAGUGGCUGGUGUGUAUGAAAACGAAACUCUACUACAUGAACGAAAACGUAUCUUCUGAACAGUCAAAAAUUUUUUAAUUCGAGCCCGGUUCACGACUGGUCUUUCAUGAAAUCAGGAUGUUGCCGUCUCUGAAGAAACUCGCAAAAAAAUCGUCCCUCCUCACCCGGCUCGUCUUGGCGGCCAGUGUUUUGGUGAGGGGCACCGGAGCCAACGAUGACUCACAAGUGAGCACCGUGAUAGAUGGCGAAAACCCAGAAGGAGGUCCUCCUCCUACCGCCGCCGGAGAUCCAACGCCGAAAAGCACGCUCAGCGAAACUGCAGCAGAGGUACCAGCUGCUGUGGGUGAAUCAAUGCUGCCCGAGGCUAAAGCUGCAGCAGCGGCGGCAGUACUUUCAGGUAAGUAGGUAUUGCGAGUCGACAACUACGAGGCUGUGAUUGCUCUUUCAGUUCUUUUUCUGAGAACAGCCUGCCUAUCGAACAAGAAGACACUCAUGAUAUAAGAAUACCAAAAUCUUCCUUACUAGGUGCCACCCCGCAGCGGAGCACCAGUGAGCGCGGCAAUCGCUUGUCACAGCACGAAGAGGUGGACAGCAUAGUCCCUUCACCUGCUCCUUUCCGCCGCCUGCCUUCCUCCCAAUUCGCGUAUUUUUCGCAAGAUCGCCAGCCCGACACAUUCGGUUCUUCCCUUGCCCUCCCGCCACUAAGCACAACUACUAGGGGACCACCUCCAUUCUCUCUACGACAGAGGUCGGGCUCCAACGCGUCCCUUGGGAGCUUCCCCUCGUUAAACCCCGACGACCCGGUGGAAACGCGAUCGCAGCGCUGGGCCCGACUCGCAAACGAACCACUUCCGUACGCGACAAAGGACCGGUAUUCGGAAAUGGAGUUGAAUAGUCUCAUGUACGCGCCUUUCUCCGACGGAGCAGGCGGCGGAAGCGCAGAACCAGGCGCAGCGUCGUUGCGAAUGCAGCGAGCAGACCUGGAGGACGUGUCGACCCCUGCGGGACCAGGCGCUGCUGUAACCCGGCAGGCGAGCGCGUUUGCUUUGUUGGAUGGGCUGCGCUAUGCGACAGAACCGCGGGAAGAGGAACUACGAAUGCGACGUCCUUUCGUUGCGGAGGUGAGUGGGCAGGUAUGCGUAUGACUAUGAUCUGCAGUUUUACAUAAAAUGAAAAGGUGUGCCGGUGGUGCUCGGCGUCCAAAAUGAACAAAACGUAAUUCUCAACCAAAAAACUGAACAGCGCCCUUGUUCCCCAGCCCCCGGCACUACGACCGAACCAAACGCAAGCCCUUUCUCCACCUGGCGCGAGCGGAACCAAAAAUCUUUCGAAGAGCGGGAAGAAAUACUCAACCGGUUCCGUGAGCACCUCGAAAAGACCGAGGACGCGCAGAUUUCGCAGGCGCUGGCGGUGCAGAAAUUGGGCCAAUCCGGCCGGCGGUUGCUCGGGGACGCGCUGUGGGACCGUUUGAAUGUGGCGGUGUGGCGCCAGGACAUGGGGGAAAUACGCGAAGGAGGGGACUCGCCGUUUCUUCUGACCACGGAUGAGCUCGCACAGAUUCCGGGAAGCGAGGAGCGCGAAAUGGCCGCGGAAGUGGGAAAAAUGAUUUUGUUGAAGCGGGGGAAGAGUGAUGAAUCAAUUACCGUAUCGUCAUCGCAGGUGGGAGAGGGAGUAGAUGAUGUUCAGCACCAAACGUCGCAACCGCAAAUCGAAGAAAGAACUACAGGUGGGUCGUUAUUCCGCCGUGAAAAUCAUCAUCAACAUCAUUUCUUGGGCACGACCGGGACCUCCACUGAAGAGCUGCACUUUUCUUCAAAUUUUAAGCGCCUCGAUCCCAGAACUGUGUUUCGUGAGGUCGUGGAAGAAAUUUUCCGCAAGGAAGGGGUGUUGACAACCGCUGCUCCCGCUGUCAUUUCAACAUCUGAAUCUGUCGCACGAGGACCUGAGGUGGCUGUAGAGCUGCGUACUAGUGGCGUUACUCCGCAGCCUGUGGAACGAACGGAAACAAGAGCUGCUUGUACACCGACUCCAGAAAGUCUUCUGCGGCCGUACCUCCCUCAGACCCAAGGAGCCCCACCGCGGCCCACAGAUGAUCAACAACAUGAUCUUCACGACGACCGAAACACCAUCUUAUUCCGUGCCCCGCAGGCCAAGGGCGUUCCGAAAAACGGCCAGGCGAUCGUGGUGCACGACUCGGAUAUUUCCCAACAAGACUUGGCAAAUGCAAAUGGCGGGCCGGACGAGGUGGAUGGCGACCACGUGGUUUCGUGGGUAAAAGUGCGGUUGUCGGAUACCAGCGAAUCGGAGGACGGCCGGGGGUCCGUUUUGACCGUUGGAGAAAGGGUGGAUGAAGAUCAUGAUCCUACUUCGAGCGCGGACGGGAAUUCUCAUUCCGGCAAGGAAGAGGAGGAGCGGGUGGUCGACGAAACGGUGAUGCCAGAAACGCAACUGCUGCACCAGCACGAUGAUCAAGAUAAAGAUUCCGAGGCUUUUGAUCCGCGGCAAGUGGCUCACCUCCAGGACGACCCUCUGUUGGGACUACUGGAUCAGCAUCAAGGUCAAGCUCGAUCUCGGUCUCGCUCAACGCGCCGGUCACCAGGUCGUGGACAAGGUGAUGGACCCCCAUCCAGUACUCCGACACCUAGUCCCGACUUGUUCGAUGGCGAUGUGGAAGACAACAGUCAUCGACCUUACCGCCCGAUCAUGAAACGCCGGAGGUACUGGCAUCAGAUCAACGUUUUGGGCGGAGAUCAGGCGGGGGGAACUUCUAGUUCCUCCGGUGGCGGGAAAAAUGGACAGUCUGCUGCUGGUCCUGUUCCUGCAGGAGGUAGUUCAAGCGCAGAUGCGAAAUUCCCGUCUCCCUUCUCCCCUCCUUCGUCUUCGGGCAACGCAUCGUCUUCGUCGCAGCACUUUUCAUCCCCCGCACCGAUCUCGGCCAGCAGUGCGGCCAGCUUUCAUUUCACGCCACCAGCAAUUAUACCGUAUCCCAAAACGAUCUCGGCAGUUUUUCCUGACUUACGAAACAUGUCCCCCCCACCGCACCGGGAUCAUGUAGUUCCGAUGAGCGCAGCUGGCGCUGCCGCUGCUGCGCAUGGUGAACAAGUACAAGAUGAUGUUCACUACAACCAGGAUGCUGAUGGUACAGCAACAGCAGCAGCGUCUACAACGGUGGUACGAGCACGACAAGUUCGAGGACGAACGUCUGACCGUUUGCUCGCCAAGAAAUCUGCUGCUGUACCGGUAAAGGCUUUUCCAUCGAGUAGUAGGUCAGCUUUCUUGGCUCAACUGCAUGGAGGUACUACAACCGCGCAAGAAAGAACAACUUCACCGAAGGGAAACGGAAAAGGUGGUGAAGUUGCAGGUGCAUCGUCUACUUCUACGGGUAGUACAACUGUCAUGCCACAAGCUGCAGCUGGAGGUGAACAGGCGCCGGCCCCGGUCAACGUCGCUACCGCAGGUGAGGAGGUGCGCAGUGUGCCGCGACGAGAGCAGCAGCGGAUGGAUGAGGAGCAAUUAUCGCAUGAGGAAGCUGAACGAAGGAGAAGGAUCCGACAGAAGUUGGAGGCACAAAGAGAGAUGAGACGAAGUAGAUUGCAGAGGGACCAAGUAGAAUCGACUUCUGUACGAGACAAUUGGCUGGCGCUGUUGGACGGGAAUAUUUUGGUCGGCGGUACUGGUACUUCUACGGGAGGAGCCAGCGGACCGAGCGGUUUCGGUGCAGCUGGUGUAGUAUCACCUGCAAGAGCGUCGACGUCGGUAGCAGCUCCGUCGGGUAGUUGUACUACUUCCUCGGCUGCAAGCGUAGGGAACAGACAGCCGGCCCCUGUCGUGAAAAAAGAGGAGCAAGGUGGUAUUCAAGCAGAGGCUGGCGCGUAAAAGCCUUCGUGAGGAGCGAACGGAGCACAGGAAAGGCUUUUCAUGAUCGUGUGUGCUGUUGAUAGGGAAAGGAGCGUGGCCACCUUCGAAGAGGACAAAUGAAGAUCAGAUUCAUACCGCCCUGACUGAACAACACGAAAGAGUGAAAUAGACAAAUAAUAGUUUUCCAACGAAAAAACAAGUCGAUUCACAAAAAAAGAUUGAAUUACUCACGCAUCUGUAGCUCAUAAGCUUCACGCUCGAAAAAAGCAUGAAUGACUUUUUUUACGGCCAUUGAUAGAUUGUUUUACAAGCAAAAUCACAAUAAAGACCAAAAAGAAAAAGCUGCAUUUUUAUCUGAGUUUGAAAAUCCCUCGAUCUGAAAGUGUGGAGGUUUAUUUCGCAUGUAGUACUCGUGUAAAUCGUAAAUGAUAAUUUUUUUAAUUUUAGCAUUCACAGCGCCUAGGUGUUCUAGCGACGUGGCUAUUCACAUUGCUAUAGAUGACACAAUAGACGAUCGCUGGCUAUACAAGACACACAGCACGAGGAUUUUUGCAAGAAACUUUUACGCCGCACAUACUACUGAAAAAUGAAUGAUGAGCAUGGGCACCGGCGGAGUAGCAACAGCAAGAACCGCUUCUGUCUCAGAAAUAAUU